UGCAUCACGAACAUCCCACUGUAACCUAAUCAUUAUAUGCUACUUACAGUGGGGAUAUCCAAUCGGUGGUGCCUCAGACUUGGAUCAUCCGCACGACAAAAUAAAAGCGGGAUGAAAAAUCAACGUCAUCCUGUGGUCCAAGAUGUAUAAAUAUGUAACUAUAAUUUCACAAUUCAACAACAAUUAAUCCUCAUCUUCUUCUCACACCAAACACGAUUCAAAAUCCCCUCUCAAGAAUCCAUCAUGGGUAAAGUCCGCAACGAUGACCCCUCAAAACUCACAGACUUCCAAGUCCUCUCCUUCGACGUCUACUCAACCCUAAUCGACGAACCAGGCGGAAUGUUCAUCGGCCUCCAACCUCUCCUCUCCCGUUUCCCGUCCGGAAACCCCUACCAAAACAACAGGACAUACACCCUCUCACACUUCCAAAAAUACGAAAAGGAGCUACAAACCUCCCAGCCAUCUCUCCGAUACAACGAGCUCCUCCCCCUCGCCUACAAAGCCUUCGCUGCAUCUCUCAAUCUGCCUGAGCCCUCACAAGACGAGGCUCUUUCCUUCGGCGCCAGUAUUGGGUCCUGGCCCGCGUUCCCUGACACCGUCGCCGCGCUGCAAUCUCUGAAGAAGAGAUAUAAGCUCGUGAUGCUUAGCAAUAUCGACAAUGACUCCAUCGCACGCACCAUUUCCGGGCCCUUAGCUGGCGUGGAUUUCGACCUCGUACUUACAGCGCAGGAAAUAGGGAGUUAUAAACCCGAUUUGAGGAAUUUUGAGUACUUGGUUAGGAGGAUUAAGGAGGAGUUGGGGAUUGAGAAGGAGAGGAUUCUGCAUACGGCGCAGAGUUUGAGCUGUGAUCAGGUGCCUGCGAAACAGAUGGGAAUGAGUAGUGUUUGGAUUGAUAGGGAGGGACAGGAUGAGAAGGUGAGGAUGCUGAAGGAGAAGGGGGAGGUGAACUUUACUUGGAGAUUUGAAAGUAUGGGGGAGAUGGCUGAGGCUGUUGAGAAAGAAACUUGACUAAAUUCAAACUGAAAAUCACACUAUAACAGACAUCCAGGAUCUUAAUCAAAGAAAGUUCAGACUGGAAAAGGAUGCCACAUUGAAGUCAU